AUGGAGACGGUGGAAGCCUGCUGUAUCGGGAUAUGGAGGGCAUGCCUGACGUGGGACAUCACCAUGGAUGGAGGAGGAGGUGUCCUGUAUUCUCUGUGCUUGGCUCAUCCUCCGAACAUGAAGGCUUUUCUAGUCGUCCUGCUGGCUGCCGUCCUGUGCACAGAGCCAGCUGGUUCUUUGAUAUGUUACACGUGCAAGACGCAGCUCCGCAACUCCAACUGUCAGACGGCGACGACGUGUGCCAACAACUCACAAGUGUGCAAGACGGAUGUGAUCAACGUCGUGGGCCUUUUCAAUGUCAUCAACAAGGAGUGCGCUACGUCAUGUGAGCCGCGCUACCAGGACUUCACCGUGGGAAAUCAGAACAUUUCCUGCUGCAGUACCGACCUCUGCAACCACAACGGGGCGGGCAGCGUGAGCAGCAGCUACGCCACCAUGGCAGCAGGGCUUACCGCCAGCGUCCUCUGCGUCCUUCUGAGGAACGGGCUGUGA